AUGGCGUAUGCAUCUCGACGGCCACUCCCAGAUCUCCCCGUGAUAACGCAGGGGCUACAGGAAUACUCUAAUCCUCCAGCUAGAACACCCGUCUCGUCAGCGGACAUGCAUUCGCCCGACUCGCCGUACUAUCACGGUGGAUUCCCCUACUUUCCGUUUACAUCUCGUCCAACGAAUCCAGUGCCCAAUAUUCACUCGAGAGAAGAAAACUAUUACAGCCCAACGCGCUCCAUUCUCGCUGGUGGGACAUUGCUUCACAAAGGAUUCUAUGAUCUCCUCGCAUUGGCGACUCCUUCACGGUUAUUCACAAAUGCCAACAAUGAUGGAUCAAAGCUAGCUGCUGGACCGAGAUAUGAACAGCUCCCUCCCGGUAGUCCACCCAAGAUCGUCCCCUCGGGAGUGGCAGCAAACGCCGCUGCCAAGAGCACGAAACCGCCUCCAGUCACAGUGCCUGGGACAAGCACCCCACUCAGGAAGAACAAGCGGAUCAGCAAGGACAUGGUUUCGAGCCCGACUGGCUUUGUACAUUUGGUACAUGCGUCGGAUUAUGAUCAAGGGGAGGCUCUUCUGACACGAUGGGGCCCAGACAGGAUGGGCAAAUUAGGAGACCCGCGAUGGGCUGACCCUAUCAAAUCCAUGGUCCGCUCGACUGUUCAAGCCCGAGCUAUCGCACAAGUCGUGGGCGCGAUGAAACCAUCCCCAGGUUCCGAGGCCAGUUAUGAGCCCACGAUCACCCCAGCACCGUUACGUGUGGUCAAUGGGAUGCCAUCUGUCAUUAGCACAAUAACGACCGUCGGUGCUGGUACGUUGCAUUCAUCACCGCCGCUCCCAACUCCGAAUACAGAAGCUAGUUCACCCGUCCAGCAAUCGUCGCCUACCAUACCUCAUCCCUAUGCUACUGCAACGACAUCCCCACCACCCGCAGGCUUGUCCACCGCGCCAUCGGCAUGGCCUGUAUCGUCAGUUCCACCAAACCAGCCGCUAAGCGCUCACGCCGAGGAAAAUGACGACGGCGAAAUCGAUGAAUCCAAUAUGUCACUCGACCCAUGGGCCAGGAGAAGAGCAGAAGCGACGUCCACACACCUCACCGGGAAGGCGCCUCGCAAAAUUACACCCUCAUUGACCACAUUGGAGAAGGCUGUUUCAGCCAGAAUCUACUUUGAAAACUUGUACUUCCCGUUGCUUCGGAUGCAACCUUCGCGAGAGCAGCGAAGACUCGCGAUGGAGAAGGAAAUGGCACAGCUUGGUAUGUCAGAAGGUCAGAAGGAGCUACUCCGGCAACGGUGGAGAAAGAAUGAGACCGAUUAUCUUCGCGAACAGAGAGCAAAGGUCGACGUCAAUGCGUUUGUGAAGCUCAAGACUAUUGGCCACGGUGCCUUUGGUGUUGUAUCUCUUGUCAGAGAAAAGGGAUCUGGUCAACUGUUCGCCAUGAAACAGGCAAGUAAACCAAAGACGGAUAUGCUUCGAAAGGGACAAGAGGGCCACGUUAGGGCAGAACGCGACGUCCUCAAGGGCGCUGCUCUAGUCUCCAAUCCCAACGGCGCCGAAUGGAUCGUUCGCCUCUUUUACAGCUUCCAAGACAGAGACCAUCUCUACUUGGUCCUCGAGUUUAUGGGUGGAGGCGAUCUUCUUAAUCUUCUGAUCGAAAAGGACGUCUUCGAGGAACCAUUUGCUCGAUUCUAUAUCGCCGAGAUGAUAUUGGCAAUCGAACAAUGUCACAAGCAAGGCUUCAUUCACCGCGAUAUCAAACCAGAUAACUUCCUGUUUGAUCCUAAUGGUCAUAUCAAGCUAAGUGACUUUGGACUCGCCACCGAUCUCCACUGGGCCCAUGAUACGUCGUACUAUGAGCAACAGCGCCGCGACUUGCUGCGAAAGCAUGGUAUCGACCUGGAAGAUGGUAACGGCGACGCUACCAAGACAAAGCGAAUGGAUCGACGAGAAGUUGAGAAGAUCAUGGGUGAAGGCCCUGGAGGAGUCUUUACAUGGAGAGAGAAGAACAGGAAGAAGGCAAGUGUCACAUUUAGAAUGACCCUUGCUUAUUCUGUUUGCGGUACCAAUUCUUAUAUGUCUCCGGAAGUGAUCAGAGGGCAAGGUUACUCGUUUUCCUGCGACUGGUGGAGCUUGGGCGUGAUCUUAUUCGAGUGUUUAUACGGUUAUCCACCCUUCUUGAGCAACUCGCGUCAUGUCACCAGGCAAAAGAUCCUCAACUGGAAGCAAUCUCUCAAGUUCCCGUCCAAGCCAAGGGUCUCACGUGAGGGCGUAGACCUGAUCCAACAACUCUUGUGCGAGCCAGAAGACCGCUUGGGUUCACAGAGGACAGUAUCGAUCAGCCGGCCAAACUCGCUCAUUCUUGCGAAUCGACGGAGCGGCUACUAUGGGCAGGGAUCCAGCGUGGAUGGUGCAGAACUCAUCAAAGCACAUUCAUGGUUCCGAGGGGUUGACUGGGACAAUAUACACCGAAUGGAGGCACCCUUCAAACCUGAUCUUAAGAGCCCAACAGACACGAAACAUUUUGAUCAGGACAUUCCUGACGAGCCUCUCGCACCUGCAAAUGGCGCCCCUGCCGACGCUACAAAGGACCCGAUGCUCAAGGACAAAGUUCAUGGCGAACAGAUUCUAGAAGUGCGCAAAGCGUUGGCAUUUGCAGGUUUCACACACAAGAGCCCACGACCGAUCACAUAUGCACGAAUCGACAAGAUGUGGGAGAAUGAGGCCAUUGGCGAACCCGAACAGUCCCGAGGACGAGGAACUGUGCGCAAUUCGGGUAGUACAGUCCGAGGACGAGCGAUUUCGAUGUAA